AGAGUUUUCGCCGUAGUUUAGUUAGUUGCUGGCAGUCAAUUUAGUUAAACGCUUCGUACGGCACCAGGCACGCUUCAGAAAAAAUUUGCCAGUGUAACGUGUUUGUGGGUACGUGUUCGUGUGUCGGUGUGUUCUUUUGGGUUUGUGAGUGGGGUCAAUCACUUGAGUAUCUGGCUGCGCAAAAAAAAAAAAAAACGGUGAAGAAAACAAUAGCAACAUCAACAAAAGUGCACGCAAUUUUUUCAAAACAUUGUCGAGAAAGUGGCUGAUUCUGUGGAAAAUCAUUACCGGAAAUUUACAAAAUGACGGAUUUAAUUCACCUUGUAAGUCCUCAUCCGCCCCAUGCAGAGUGUAAAAGUCAAGCUCUCAAUUUGGCACCCUUUGUCAAUUUUGUGGUUUUGUACUUUGCUUUUGUCAGAAAUCCCCACGGUGAACUAUGGACGACCAUUCUGAAGUGUGCACCCAUUGUAAGUCUUAUGUUUUUCGUUGUGAUGAAGGGAUUCGCAUUCAACAAACAGUACAAAUAUUCCCUGCUGAUACUCAUUGGCCUGGUAUUCUCGUGUGGUGGUGAUGUUCUGCUCAAUAUUGAUAUGUUCCCACAUGGCAUGGGUUCAUUUGCUGUUGCUCAAAUCUUUUACAUAUCGGCAUUUGGUUUAAAGCCGCUGAAUUGGAAAUUGGGCAUACCCUUUUUUGUGUUAUGGGCCGUAGCCAUUGCUGUUGUUGCCAAACAUCUUGAGGGUGUCUUGAUUGUGGGAAUGCCCGUUUAUGGCUUCCUCUUGCUGACCAUGUGUUAUCGUGCCACUGCCCGGACCGUCCACCAAAAAACUCCCCUGUUUAUUUUGUGUGCAAUCUGCAGUGUAUUGUUUGUGGUGUCUGAUGGUAUGAUUGCCUUGGAUAUGUUCUUGCUAUCAAUUCCAAAUGCAAGGCUCUGGAUUAUGAUCACCUAUUAUGCAGCUCAAUUUGGCAUUGCCCUAAGUACCACCAUUGACAUAUCGAAAAAGAAGCCCGGUAUAAUGUCACCCAGAAAGGGACGUAACAACAGCAGUAGCCGUCGUCGUGUCAAAUAAAAAGACUGAUUUAAAAUAACUUCCUUC